AUGUUUUACUACCCCACAGUUUUAAGGCGUCAUACUGGAUGCUUUUCUACAAUUUGGUUGGUUGCUACAAAGGGUAUCAGAGUACCUCGACGGGAUUUCCUAAAAGUGAAUGUUAAAAGCACAUGUGACGACAUUAUGAACUAUGUGCUGGAGCGGGUCCCGCCACCUCAAACUGGUCUGCCUCGCCCUCGCUUCUCCCUCUACCUGUCGUCCCAGCUCCAGUAUGGCGUAAUCGUUGUCUACCACCGCCAGUGUUCUAUUUUCCUGGAGGAACUUCACACCAUUGUGGACCAGCUGGUGAAACAGAGGACGACCAUGAAGAUUGACAUGGAAGAUCAGGGCAGACGGCCUCUGAACUUCCCGGAUGCUCUGUCUCUCCUGGAGGAGACGGAAGGAGCUCUGGACCCUUUGUUUGGAAUGAUGUACAUGCAGCAUCCAAUGCCCAGCCCCGGUCCACUGAUACAGAUGGGUAAGGAGUAUCUGAGAGAAGCUUCCCCUGCGCAUCCUGAGCUGACCAGCCCCACUGCUGCUGUUGCAUCAGAAAGCGAAAUAACAGCAUCUCCAGACACCAUCACUAUGAGAGAGUUGGAGCCUGUCGCUAUCCCCAUUACAGAGUUUGAAGGUGUGGAGCUUGUCGAUCAGCAUCCAGAUACUCUCGACUUCCUCUUGGCUCAAACAGAUCACUUUCCAGGUGUAUUACAGCCCGACACCCGCACCAGUACCAGUGAGGACGCCAUGUUGUUGCCUCAGGAAGAGCCUGAUCUGCCAGUGGAGAAGCUAGGACCCCCCUCAGACCAGCUCACCCCCGUUUCUGUACCCGUCCUCCCCUCACCACCAUCCGUAGCAAGGCAGCGUGAAAGACCAAGCCUGGAGUUAGAGGACGUGUCCCCUCCGCAGAUGAAGAGGAGGAAGAGGCAGCUGAUCUUCAUCGACCCGGAGGUGCAGAUCCCCCAGGAUGAGCUGCAGCAGCAGAUCGACAACCCUCAGACUGAGACCAGACGUCCACCUCUCAUAUCGCCUUCAUCCCACAGGGGUCCCUCUGCUGCUGAGCUGCUCAACAACCCCUGCACCUUCUUGCCUGAAGCGGUGCAGUUUCUAUGGAGACAGGCUGCGACUAUCACGCCGCUCUCUGGCACGGACCUGCAGGUUGGGGAGAGAGGGCCCGAGUCCACGGACUCUGAAAAGGAAAGAGAGCGCGAGAUGAUCGAGGUGGCUGAAAGAGAGGAGGAGAGACUUGGGAUCAGCCCCAAAGAGGUCCAUACAGAUUUGGCAGAAUCAGAGAUGUUUGACACUUCAGCUCUGGGUACACUGCCGUUGGAGGCCUCUGACCAGAGGGAGGUAUCUCGAGAGAUUUCGCCUGUGUACGCAUCAGAGAGAGAAGGGUCCAUUAUCUCCAGGUCUGUUUCCACACUGCAGGACAUCCCGGAGGUGGUGGAUGAUUUUCUGACGGGAGCAGCAGCUGAGUCUCCGGGGUUGUUGCCGGAGGUGGCUGAGCGUGAAACGGAACCCGUGCUCUUUCAGUCUCUUCUGCCGCCAGGGGUCGACCGCAGAACUGUCAGCACCAUUUUUCAGAGGCUCCUGGAGGCUAUAUCGCUCAGGAAGGUGUGUGUGCAGCAGGACGAGCCUUAUGGCGACAUCUUGAUAUUCCCUGGACCCAACUACGAUGAGGUGCAUCUGAAUUUGUGA